AUGUCACAAACCAUCAAGACUAUGCAUGUGACCCUUUUGGGAACGCGAGAUGCACGUGACUCGUGCAAGCCUCCAACUCUUCUUGUAAGGCUUGGCUCGUCUUCUUACGACUUCGGUGCUGCCGCAGAUUAUAAUAUCGAUCUUUUGAAGAGAAAUGAUAAUGAAACUAGGGAGCUAGCGUUAUCAGCGUCCUUCAACACUACGCCUCUGAGCAGUUCAUAUGCUGCUACACUUGUACCAGAGGCUCAAAUAUAUGUGCCGGUCGGCUUUGACUCAGGCAAAUGGAACGAGGUUUUCUCGACAGAGCCCAAUUUCGAAGUUUGGAUGACUGGCUUCGUAGAAGCUGGUGAUAUAAGUAAACGAUUUCCCCCGAUCCCAUUGGUCAAUGAUGAGGAAAUUCCUGGUCAGAUAGCCACUGCACCGUCAUUCUCACCAAGUCCCCAAGAACUAUCAGGAGUAACUCAUGGAAUCGGAAUUUUUGCUAAGAAAUGGAAUAUCAGAUCUCUUGACGUUGCUCUGAGAGGGCAAGAGGGCAGAUUGAGUUGCGACUACCCAGGGUGCAACAAUACUUUUCCGCGCAAAUAUGAACUCAAGCGACAUAUCAAGGCUAUUCAUAGGCAAGAGUUCCGAGUAGUCUGUCCUGUUUACGGGUGUCAUCGAACUACGAAGCUAUUUAAAAGAGAAGACAAAUUUAAUGAGCACUUCCGAAAGCAUGAUAGUUCGCGAAGUUAUCGGUGUCUGAUAGAGACUUGCCAAUACGCUCCCUUUGAUAUUCCAGGAUUAAUUGAUCAUCUCACGAAAAGCCAUUACACAGGCGCCGAUGCUCAACCCAAUCUUGACUUUAUCAAUAAGAAAGUCUUGGGAACCCGUUACAUUCCAUUCUGGUUUCAUCGUUUGUGUUUGAAUGGUCGUGAUACCUGCCCAUUUGCACCUAUUGAUUGUACUUAUCGAGCCAUAGCUGAUGAUGACGAAGACCGCUCCAAGCUCAUGAUGCAACAGCACGUUCUUAGCCAUAAGCUUUCUGAUCGCCGCCAAGGACCAGCACUUUUGACAGGCUUCUUCGCAGGUAAUGACAAUUGAUUACUGGACGAUGGUACAAAAACUUGCAUGUUAUGUUCGUUCCAGGCCAGCGGCUACUUCCACCGAGAAUUUCUCUUCGACCACAUGGUGAAAAAUCAUUCUCCGGAAGGGCGUGGUUUCGUUCUUGGAAAUAAUUAUAGAUGAUCUUGGAAUUCCUGUAUCUAUAGUAUAAGCAAACCGGAUGGAAACGGAAUGUCGUCGUGCUUUGAGGCUGGGUUCAGAUUUACGAACUAUCAAGAACGCUCCCUGAUCGGUAUCUAGAAGAAUUGAUUCUCAGCCUGGGAUUAACUGGCAUGUCGUACCCGCAAUCUGCAUUCAUCUUCUGAGCGACGGCUGUCUCAUCAUCGAAAUAUUACUUAAUUUCGGAAUUGCGAAGCUAUUCUGGUGCUUCAAGAGUGCCCCGCCGGCACUGAACUUUUCCUACUUUAAUCUUUUCCUCUAUUCAAUGCCCUUUCUUUGUAGUGAUCAGCAUACACGAGAUA